CCCCGCGGCGCCGCCAUGUCGGCCAAGGCCCAGAUGCGGGGAGAUGUUGGACAGUUGAUGGGCACCGGCCGCGACGGUGACGUCAACCGGCAGAAGGUGAAGUUCACAGAUGACCGGGUCUGCAAGGCGCAUCUCCUGGGGUGUUGUCCGCACGAUAUUCUGGCUGGGUCGAAAAUGGACGUGGGGGGGUGUAAGAAGCUACACGAUGUGGCUCUGCGAGCCGACUAUCUGAUCGCGUCCAAGACCAAGGACUACCUCUUUGAAAAGGAGGCCAUGUCUGCGCUGGAGGAGUUUCUUAGCGAAUGCGACCGCAAGGCUGAGCAGGACAAAGAGAAAUUGGUGCUGGUCCAGAAAUCCUUCAGUACUGAGAUCAUUGCCAAGGUGGAGAAGGUGCAGAUGUUGAAUGAGGACAUUGGCAAGCUGCUGGCCCGAGCUGAGCUGCUAGGUUCCAGCGGGAUCCUUGACCAGUCACAGCGGGUACUGGAGGAGGUGGAGAGGCUAACACAACUCAAGAAGGAGUCUGAGGAAGAAUAUCGCAAUAACAUCCCGACGUGCAGCCUACAGCAACAGAAGCUGCGUGUGUGCGAUGUGUGCGGUGCCUAUCUGGGGCUGCAGGAGAAGGACAAGAGGCUGGCCGACCACUUCCGUGGCCGUUUACACAUGGGCUUCAUGGAGAUCCGAAGCAAACUUCAGCAGAUCAAGAAGACGCUCAGCCAGAAGCUGGGAACAUCGGAGACAGAGACAUCUCGACAGAGGGAGGAACGCAAGCCAGAACGGCGUUUGUCUGAACGCAGGCUGGAGCACGCCCCCAGACCCAGGGACAUGAAGAGGACAUCUAGCCUCUCCCACGAGGGGAAGUGGUCGGCACCAUCUCGUUUCCGGGAAUUCAGAGAUCGCCCCUUCUACCAGCGACCUCCGGGAUCAGUGCCCCUCCCUCCGCCACCCCAGUACGACCGAGCCUGGUCCCGCUACCUGGAACCGCAGCCCCCCUUUUUCCGAGGACGAGACCCACAGACGCUGUACGACCCCUACGAUAUGUACGAAAGAAACCUCCGCCGGCAACACCUUCUCGAGGAACGUCGAGACCGGUUCUCAAGAGAGGGGGUUCACCCCUUCAGAAUCCAUCCUGCCUUCUAGAACUGGCCUCCGAGGAACACUUAUUUCCACUCAUCCCUCUUGCACCUCCAUUUCGUGUCUCCGGGCUCCAUUGACCUGCUGCUGGUACUCACACAGACCUAGCUCCCCUCACCUCCCCCCCACAACUGUUCUUUGUACAAAAUCGUUGAAUUUCUUUUGUAAUAAAAUAUUGUUUGUUUUUUUUUUAAGAAAAUUUGGGCUUUCCCCCAGGUGUGUGUCUCAACAAGCCUGAGCUCAUCGUGCAAGCUUUUCCCAAUAACUAAUAAAAUGGACACUGAGUGUAGGUACAUUAAAUAGCAAAAAGAGACAGAAUGUAUGUUUCAUUUACAGAGAAAGUGCAGUGCAGGAAGACAAACUGAAAGAAUCUAUGUUGUUGGUUGUGUCACACCUGUGCAGGAGGGUUUUUGAAAGAGGAAAAGCUGUGGCAUUCCCUCGACCUCAAAAGUCCGGAUCCAGUGGAAUGGAUCGUCGUCACAAACUGCUGUCUUGAUUGGUUGCAGUGGAUAAUCUUGACUGCUUCUCGUCAAAGCGUUGUACAACCCCUCCCUAGCCCCAGGUGUCUUCACAGGCACGUAGGUUCCUGUCUCAUUGGGGUAGGAGGCCACUGGCUCCCCUCACGUGGGGGUCUGAUUCUGCCUCGCUGACAGAGGGACUGAACAGUCCCAAUUCACUAUGUCUCUGAAUAAUUGGGUAGCAUUUGGAAAUGAGGGCAGGCUGAGCACUCUGACUCGACAGUAGAAAUCAGAAAGGGUGAGUGGAAGGCGUUGCUGUGACUAAUGGUGUUCCUCAGGGCUUAGUGCUGGGACCAUUGCUGUUCAUCAAUGAUUUGGUUCAGAACAUAUGGAGCAGAGUCAGUGAGUGUGCACUUACUGAAAAAGGUGGUGCUGAACAAACAGUACAGGCCCUUUGGCCCAUCUUGUCCAUGCUGACUCCCAAUGACCUGCAUCCGCACCAUAGCUCUCCAUAUCCCUCCCAAACUUCUCAAAAGACGCUUCCACCAGCUGUGCUGGCAGCUCGGUCCACCCUGAGCAAAACUUCCCUUAAACAUUUCACCCUUAACCCAUGGCCUCUAGUUGCAGACCUACCCACACUGCAUUUACCUUAUCCACACCCCUCAUCAUUUUGUAUACCUCUACCCACACUUCAGGAAACAAAGUUCUAACUAUGCAACCUUUCCCUAUGACUCAGGUCCUGAAGUCCUGGCAACAUCCUUGUAAAUUUUCUCUGUACUCUCUCAAUCUUAAUUGAUAUCUGUAGGUAGGUGACCGAAACUGCACCGGAUACUCCAACUUAGGCCCCUCCAACAAGUUCACCGUAAGACCCCAUCUCCUGUAUUCAGUACAUUGAUUAAUGAAGGCUGAUGUGCCAAAAAUUCCCUUUACAACCUGUGCAAGCCCUCACACUUCCUUGUGUUAAAAUUACAUCUCCCGUCUUCCCAGCUGGUCCAGACCCUGCUGUAAGCUUUGAUACCCUUCCAGUCUAGUCCAAAGUAAAUUUGUUAGCAAAGUAUUUAUAAGCAACCCUAAGAUUCAUUUGUGGGCAUAGUCAACAAAUCCAGUAACCAUUAUGGAGUUGGUGACUGUCCACACCAACAAGGUGAACAACCAGAGAGCUAAAGUCAAAUUGUACAAAUACAAGAGGAGGAAAU